AUGAGCCCCCAAGCUCCAGCACAGGCCGAUUUCCUCAAGGCGGUCAAGUUUGCGCGCUUCGUCUCCAGGCGGGCGGAGGACAACCCAGCACCGAAUUCGUCUCGGGCACUUCCCUACACUCACAACGAAGUCGAAGAGGCUAUUCGUUACUUUACUCAGGACGACAAUGGCCGUGCAGAGCUCGACUCUACUGCAUGGGAAUGGGCACACGAAGACAUCAUUGUGCAGCAGAACGACUCCAAAUACGCACGCACGUGGGCGCCCGAACGCGUGCGACCGACGGCAGUGCUUGCGGGACUGCCCGAGAUAUUCGACCUCCGUGCUACUUCGUCCACAGCGACUGUGUCCCUGAAGCGCAGCACCAGCCCUGUUCCUCAGGGUAUUCCAAGUACUGCCCUCAUCCAGAGAGGAUCUCCCGCCCGGCCUGGAAGUCAUCCAGUCGUUCCUUCAGCAUCACCCGCAUCUACGGCCCGUCUCUACGCAGCAAUAGCAGCAACAACUGCCUCGGCAGCCACUGCAACAGUUAAGAAAAGACCGCCAAAGUGGCCAUUAUCAGCUCCGGUUUCCACGGCCCUCUUUGCGGUUGCCACCUACGUCGACAACUCUGGCGCCAUCGGUCCCCUCUGCGCAUCCUCCGGAAGCUACGCGCCGCCCUACCGUCGCCGGGGAGGUGGCAUCAACUCCCUCUUAUCACACCGGUGCCUUCGCCGUAAGUUGAAGUUCAGCCUGCUCUGGUGCUUUCCGGGACAUGGGCUGACUGGCACAGUCCACCCUGAAGUUGCAACUGCCGCUGAGCAGCUAGCUCUCUGGAUUUGGCGACAUGAGCAGAUGCUUCCUACACCUGGUCUAGAACCUGCUCGCCGACUCGCCCAAGCUGCCUGGAACAAGUAUGGAGCCCUGCGUCCAAGCAAGGGUUGGGCUCGUCCUGGUUAG